GGGGUUUGGGAACUAGCAUGAGCUGAGCGAGCAGCGGCGGCGGCGGCGGCAGCAGCAGCAGCGGCAGCAGCAGCUCCUCUCUCCUCCGCUCGUUGCCCAUUGACAGCAGCGUCUGCAGCUCGCUUCAAGAUGGCCGCUUGGCUCACAUUCAUUUUCUGCUGAACGACUUUUAACUUUCAUUGUCUUUUUCGGCCGCUCUGAUCGUCCCUCGCCGGAUCCUUUUCCCGGGACCUCCUCUUAUUAAGGAAAAAUGCAUCGAACAACUAGAAUCAAAAUCACAGAGCUAAAUCCUCAUUUAAUGUGUGUGCUUUGUGGAGGAUACUUCAUUGAUGCCACAACUAUAAUAGAAUGUCUACAUUCCUUCUGUAAAACAUGUAUUGUACGUUACCUGGAGACCAGCAAGUAUUGUCCUAUUUGUGAUGUCCAAGUUCACAAAACCAGGCCACUUCUGAAUAUAAGGUCAGAUAAAACUCUUCAAGAUAUUGUAUACAAAUUAGUUCCAGGCCUUUUCAAAAAUGAAAUGAAAAGAAGAAGGGAUUUUUAUGCUGCUCAUCCUUCUGCUGAUGCUGCCAAUGGCUCUAAUGAAGACAGGGGAGAAGUUGCAGAUGAAGAUAAGAGAAUUAUCACUGAUGAUGAGAUAAUAAGCUUAUCCAUUGAAUUCUUUGACCAGAACAGAUUGGAUCGUAAAGUAAACAAAGACAAAGAAAAAUCUAGGGAGGAGGUGAAUGAUAAAAGAUAUUUACGCUGCCCAGCAGCAAUGACAGUGAUGCAUCUAAGAAAGUUUCUCAGAAGUAAAAUGGACAUACCUAAUACUUUCCAGAUUGAUGUAAUGUAUGAAGAGGAGCCUUUAAAGGAUUAUUAUACACUAAUGGAUAUUGCCUACAUUUACACCUGGAGAAGGAAUGGACCUCUUCCUUUGAAAUACAGAGUUCGCCCUACUUGUAAAAGAAUGAAAAUCAGCCACCAGAGAGAUGGUUUAAAUAAUAGUGGAGAACUGGAAAGUGACUCUGGGAGUGAUAAGGCCAACAGCCCAGCAGGAGGUAUUCCCUCCACUUCUUCGUGUUUGCCUAGCCCCAGUACUCCAGUACAGUCUCCUCAUCCUCAGUUUCCACAUAUCUCCAGUACUAUGAACGGAACCAGCAGCAGUCCCAGCAGUAACCACCAAUCUUCCUUUGCUAACAGACCUCGGAAAACAUCAGUAAACGGCUCUUCAGCAACUUCAUCUGGUUGAACCCUCAGACUGUCCAAAAAAAAAAAAAUUAAA